AUGUCUCUAGCCAAUAACACCACGGUCAUCCUCAACCCCGACCCGGAUGUGGCACCGCUCUGGGAAAUGUGCUUCAUCUCCAUCAUCACCAGCGUGGCGAUCCUGGCGAAUUUCACGCUAAUCUGCGCGUUCAUUUUCGACCGGCGCGCCCGCACCCCGUUCAACUACUACCUGAUCAACCUGGCCGUGUCGGAUUUCCUCGUCGGCGCCAUGGGCAUGACGAACUACGGGAUCUACACGUACUACAGCUACUGGCCUUUAGGCUACAGCCGUUGCACCGUGUGGCUGUACUUCGACUUCCUCAGCACCAGUUUAACACUGCAGACCUUAGCGAUAAUCUCCGUGGACCGAUUAUGGGCUGUGACCUUUCCGGUAUCCUACCGGCGCCAUCACACCCCGCGGAAGGCGUGGCUAGCCAUCGGCUUCACGUGGACGCUCAGCCACGUGUUAAUCGUCCCGUCGCUGACGUACUACCGUUUAUAUAUCGGGAUUAAUGAAAAUCCCCGGGAUUGCUACUGGGAUCCGUUUAUUGCGCCGCGUUACGCCAGUCCGUUUUACGUCAUCGCCACGGUGUUCUGGACGCCGAUGAUCCUGACGAUUGUAUCGUAUAUUGUGACCACCUGGCAGAUUCGUCGAAAGCGUUUAUUCCGGGCCCGGAUUCAGGAGGGGGUCGUCCCGAAUACGAAGGAGAUUCUGCGCCGGCAGAAGGACCGGCAGAUCUAUUUUUUAUUGAGUUUGCUGUUGUGUGCGUUGGUGGUGAUGUGGACGCCGUAUUUCUGCUAUGAGGCGCUGUCGAUGAGUACCGGGUACUAUGAUUUUGAUUUCUUUACGAUUACGUACUGGAUGGCGUACUGCUUGUCGGCGGUGAAUCCGUUUCUGUUUAACUGGGGGAGUCCGGAGAUGAAGGGGGCGUUGCGGCGGUUGGUGCGGUGUUGUGGACGCCGGCUGCAUCUUAAUGUGGUGAGAACUGGCGAGUGGCGCGACAUUUCCUUAAUACGUGAGCACCGGCGUUAGUCGAGCGUUACCAGCCAGAAUGUCUCCAUCUGCUCUUUGCCUUUCAUGGAUAUCAUGCCGCGGCUCUGCAGGCGCACGGCGGAUUGGUCCAGCAGGGCGGCUGUGGAGCGGCUCACGUGGAUCCGAUUCGGCAUCCCGUACAGACAGACGCGCGACGCUGUAUUGACCGUAUCGCCAAAUCUGCAAGACGUACGGUUAAACGGUUAG